AUGUCUCAUGACCAAAUGGAGGGCCAUGAUAACCUGGAGACCAAGUCUAUAUUAAGGUUUGGUCGGCUGAGCAUCGGGAUUACGCCCUCCAAUGAGCAGUACCAGAUCCAGAUCGGAAUUUACCCCGCUGAUGCCCCUGGGCCCUGUCACUCCCGUAUCCCGGGCUGUCGGCACGCGCAUUUCGCGCCCGUGUCUCUGCUGCUGCAGAUUCAGCUCUCCAAUCAAGACCAAGACCAGCUGAGCGCAAGGCGAGCGAAAUCACAGUCAUGCGACAGAGACAGCAAACAGACACAGCCGUUCCCAUUGCCCCUCGGCCACUUCUUCCAGCCAUACGCCAAUGUCCUCCGACGCAAUAUCCUCCAAUACAAGCAUAUCACCCGACUUAUCAAUAUUCGACCUCACCUCAAGUUACAUCGCCUGUCUCCUCGACGUCUAAAUCGCCUAGCCCGCAGACAGCUUCCUCUGCGAAGACCACAGCCGUUUCCCGGCGAAAAUCAUACACCACUGCGGCCUUGCAACGGCGCCCGCCCGGCCUGCAACUCUUGCGUCUCGAGCGGAGUCAGCUGUCUCUAUAACACCAGCAACAGCAAUGAGACCCAUGGCCAGGCUCUCAAAAGAAAGCUCUUUGAGCUGGGUAGCCGCGAGGCAACCUUUAAGCAGAUCUUUGAUCACCUUCGCGAUCGGCCCGAGCCUGAGGUGCUCGAAAUUGUAAAGCGCAUCAGGUCUGGUACCGACCCGGACACUAUUCUGCGCUAUAUCAAAGAGGGUGAUCUUCUUUUGCAGUUGGCUGUUACCCCCGAAACGCGGUUUCGCUAUCACGAUCCAUUCCUCAGGACAUUGCCGCGGUAUCUCGUACGGGGUGACAACCCAUACCUUCGCAGGAUUAAGAUGCACGAGUUCGAGUUGCCAACCGGACUUCUGCCCUCGCCACAAAUGUCUGAAUCUUCCCUCUCCUCUCCAGCUUCAGCAAUUGCAUUGGAAAGUCCGUACACCCAACCAUAUCAUGCUGCCGAGCUUAUCGAGCCCUUCUUAAGUUCAGCUAAGCCUUCCGAAUGGACUACGGUAUGCGCAGAUGAUGAGCUUAUGAGAAAACUUCUUGCUUUUUACUUUUUGAACGAGUAUCAAUGGUUUCCCGUGUUUCAGAAGGACUACUUUCUCCAGGACAUGGCCACUGGGCGGCAAGGCUGUUGUUCUUCGCUGCUCGUCAACUGCGUUUUGGCAAUUGCAACUGCAGCUGAUCAAACACUCCAAAACCGGAACGAGAGUGCAUGGAAUCCCAAGACUCUUGGUUGGCAGUUCCUGGCCGAAGCGAAGCGACUUUGGGACAUUGAAGAAGCAAGUGGCAGAAUUCGGCUUACCACCAUCCAAGCUUCCGUCCUACUGAACCUCGUCCAUAUCAUGCACGCCGCAGAUGCCACUGGCACUCAGUUUACCCAGAAGGGUGUGGCGAUGGCACAAAGAGUUGGCUUGUUCAAUCCUGGAAACACCAAGCUAGAUACGAGGAUGGCGAGAGCGAAGGCUUUCACGGCAUGGGCUUUGUUUAAUUUCCAGGCGAUGUACGCAUACGUUUUGCAUGAGCGCCCUCAAGUGAAACAACCGCCCUCUAUCCCUUUGCCUGAUCCAAACAAGGAUCCAAGCUGUAUCAACUAUCAUAUUAUCGUGAAGGCUCUUUACGAGCCCUAUUGUGUCGAGGAGAUGACAACUCCGAUAUCCUCGCCAUCCCAUAAUAUCACCGGAAAUAUUGGGAUAGAGCAGUUGAAUCCCAGACAGAUUCGCGACGCCGCUCUCCGUCACUUUGAAACUCUUAUCCGCAUCUACUAUAUCCGCCAUGGAUUUAGCUUUUUCGACUCAUUCAUUGGUCAACCUCUUGUCCAUCUCGGUUUCAUUGUCCUUAACAGAUUAAAAGGGCUCCUCGAUAAGACUGCCAACACCACCUACGUUGAUCCAACCGAUAUUCAAGAGCUCCAGUCUACUUUACUUUUGGCCGCUAAGGGGCUGAACGACCAGGGCCAGAAUAUGAUACUAGGUCUGAUAACUUUGCAUGUCCUAACCCAUUUGAUGGACAACGACACGAAAACCAAACUUGGGCAAGUCAUAGGAGAGGUUAAAUAUGUCCCCGGUUGUGCGUGUCAACAUUGUCGUAAGGCACACGAUGAUCCUACAGCGCACAGAUUAAGAUCGGCCGUUCCGCAGAGCAGGUUGAUUAUGAGAGCUGAGAGCUUCGUGGACGACAGAGAUGCGCAAACGCUGGGCGGUCUGGUGACUCAAAUGAAGCAUAUGGACCUGAAGGAUAGCAAGGUUGAGCCGGAUGAAGAGGAGGAUGGAGAGCUUCUACAAGUGAGGAAUGACUAG